GCCCCCCUAGUGGAUACCCCAUAAUCCUGCCUGACCCCUUUUCAUCCCUGCCCCAUCCCUGUGCCUCUGCAGUCUCUGGCUUCAGUCUCAUCCUCACCCUGAAUCAACUGAGCUAAGAAAAGCAAAUAAGAUGCCCACCAGCGAGCGUUUAGACUGCCAUUACUGCAAAGACUCCCUGCUGGGGAAGAAGUACAUAAUGAAAGAUGACACGCAGUACUGCACUAAGUGCUACGAGAACUUGUUCGCUAACAACUGCGAGGCGUGCUCCUUACCAAUCGGCUGUAACUGCAAGGAUCUCUCCUAUAAGGAUCGUCACUGGCACGAGCAGUGCUUCAAGUGUGGCAAGUGCAGCCGCUCUCUAGUGGAAAAGGCCUUUGCCGCCAAGGAUGAUUUGUUGCUCUGCACUGAGUGCCAUGCACAGGAUUACUCCUCCAAGUGUACCACCUGCAAGAAAACCAUCAUGCCAGGUUCCCGCAAAAUGGAAUACAAGGGGAACAGCUGGCAUGAGACCUGCUUCCUGUGUCACCGCUGCCAGCAGCCAAUAGGAACCAAGUCCUUCAUCCCUAAAGACACCGGUUACUUCUGUGUGGCCUGCUUCGAGAAGCAGUUUGCAUACCAGUGCUCCGCUUGUAAGAAGGCCAUCACAACAGGUGGGGUGACCUACCAAGAGAAGCCCUGGCACCGCGAGUGUUUUCUGUGCAUUGGAUGCAGAAAGCAGCUGUCAGGCCAGCGCUUCACCACUAGAGAAAAUUACCCCUACUGCCUGGAGUGCUUCAGCAACCUAUACGCAAAGAAGUGUGUGGGCUGCACCAAGCCCAUUACUAGUCUGGCAGGAGCCAAGUACAUCUCCUUUGAGGAACGCCAGUGGCACAGUGAGUGUUUCACCUGCAUGCAGUGCUCUGUGUCACUGGUGGGGCGUGGCUUCCUCACCCAGCGUGACAACAUUUUGUGCACUGACUGCGGGAGGGACAAAUGACCUUUACAUGCCAGGAUCACAGCUCUACCCAAAUGACAACAACGCCUGCUGUCUGAUAGAAAUACUGUGGAUCUACGAAAGUCUCGCACAAGAAUGCCUUGCACAUAAAAAGCCUUCAAGUGUCA